UCACGGAUCCCCUCUUCCUGGUGCUAUCCUGUCCCGGUUCCCCGAGAAGACCUGCUCUCUGCCUUCUGGAGUAUCUAAGCUUUCGAAAGCUACACUGAUAAUCAUCUCUUGAAAACCCUCCAGACCUCAAGUGGCACUUAAGAAAUGGGCUCCAAGUGGAACAGCUGGUAUCUUCGCGGAAGUCUGAGUCUUUUGGGUAUCUUUUCUCUCACUGCCCUGAUCCUUAGCCUGGUGAGAAUCCACAACGUCACACUACCUUCUAAGGACAAGUAUGGCUUGGUAUUUGAUGCAGGUUCCUCGCACACGUCCCUCUUUGUAUACCAGUGGCCAGAGGAGAAGGAAAACGAUACGGGCGUGGUUAGCCAAAUGUUCUCCUGCCAUGUCAAAGGACCUGGAAUAUCCAGCUAUGCCAAUAACCCUCCAAAGGCUGGUACGUCCCUACAGGAUUGUCUGAACGCAGCCAUGAGAGUUAUCCCUCCAGAAAGACAGCAAGAGUCACCAGUUUAUUUGGGAGCCACAGCGGGCAUGAGGCUACUCAGGAUGCAGAACGAGUCAGCAGCGGCGCAGAUCUUGGAGGCGGUUUCCCAAACGAUCCAGAAGUAUCCUGUGAGUUUCCAAGGUGCUCGAAUUAUCAGCGGGAAGGAGGAAGGUGCCUUUGGCUGGAUCACCAUCAACUACCUUCUGAAUUCUUUCACCCAGUACUCGGCCCAAGAGCGAGGAUGGAUCCGCCCUCCCUCCGCCAAUAUCUUGGGAGCUCUGGACCUUGGCGGAGCCUCUACCCAAAUCAGCUUCAUCCCAGCUGGUCUGAUCGUGGAUCCAUCCGAAGCCGUCCAGUUUCGCCUCUACGGCUUUGACUACACCAUCUAUAGCCACAGCUACCUCUGCUACGGCCAGAAUCAAGCUUUUCAACGGGUGAUCCGGCUGAUCCUUAAUGCAGGUGCCAGCGAUGAGGUGGCUCACCCCUGCUACCCAAAAGGCUACCAAGAGAUGAUACGGACGGCGUCCCUCUCUGGCAAUCCGUGUGCCAAGCCUCUGUCCUCGACCGCAUCUCCGGCCAACGUAACUCUGGUGGGCAAAGGGAAUUUCAGCCUCUGCCGGGAACAGUUCAAAGCCAUCUUCAACUUCUCCGGCUGCCGAGAUCCAUCAUCCUGCGGCUUCGAAGGGAUCUACCAGCCAAGCGUCAACGGGAAGUUUCUGGCUUUUUCAGCAUAUUACUAUACUUUCCGCUUUCUCAACCUGACAGCCAGUAGCCCACUGGCCACUGUAGAGAGAGCUAUUCAGGUGUUCUGUGCCAGAACAUGGGAAGAUCUGAGCACCAGUUACCCUCGCGAAAAACCCUUCCACCUGAAGAAUUACUGCGCCAGUGCCAGCUUCAUCGUGACCCUUCUAUUGGACGGUUACGGCUUCCGAAAUGACACCUGGCAGAACAUCGCCUUCCAAAUGCAGGCUGCCAAUUCUGACAUCGGUUGGACCCUGGGCUACAUGCUGAACCUCACCAACAUGAUCCGGGCUGAAGCCCCUCCACUGCUCAAGGGUCACCAAGAAGCCUUCUGGAUUGCAAGCAUCUUCUUCCUCGUGGCCGGCCUGGCCCUCUGCCUCCUCAUCCUCGUUUUGCAGUCUCUGCUGUGAGAGACACCCCCCCCAGGGGACUCGAUCGCCUCCGCCGUCCCUUUCCUUGGGAGAUUGCUGUGACCAAGGCCCAAGUAGUGAUUGCCAAACACAGUUUCAGUACUCAACAAACUUAUUUUAUUAAAACAGCUGAGAAUUAAUUCAUUCUCAACUUCGUCCCAAACAAAGUUCUUCAUAACCAGUCCCUCGGCCUUAUCACCAGCCUUUGAUGUCUUUGGCAACCUGCCAAAGGCUUUUCUUGGCACCCCCCCCACCCCCACAAAGUUCAAGAAGCACAAGAAGCACGGAAAUCAACGUUGCUUUUCUACAAAGAACCCAACGGCUCGUUUGCUCU